AUGCCUGUCAAUCCUGAGAUGAAAAAUCCGCGAGAAUAUCGCGACUUGUGGAAACAUAUAACGCAUCGACGUGGUUGGGGGUAUCCCGAUGUAUUGGAUGUUCAAGGCUCUGUAUUUUGGAAUAUUGUCCCUUUACUCUUUUUUACAGGUUUAUGGACAGUUCUCAUCGUUUUCCUUUAUAUGACACUCCACAUAAAAGCGGUUGCCGUUUCCAGCAAUUUAACCGCUUCCGUCUCCGUUGUAGUGGCUCUUCUUUUAGCUUUCCGUACAAACAACUCAUAUACUCAAUAUAAUGAAGGUAGACAUUUAUUCACUAAUAUGUGUACUGUUGUCAGAAAUUGUACGCGCUCAAUAUGGAUAGGUGUCAGAGAACGUAAUGAACAAGAUCAUCUCGAAAAAGAUGCUUGUAUUAAACUAUUAUUGGCAUAUGUAGUUGCUGUUAAGCACCAUAUUCGGUUCGAAUUUGGAAUUCAUUGGAAUGAUUUGGAUGAUCUUCUUCCUGAAGGCUUUCAAAAGACCUAUUAUGAAGGUAGUGCCGCACAGGUUGAAGAAACUGUUGGAGAUAGAUCUUUGCUCGCUGUAUUACCAACUUCAAUUCGAACAAUAUCAAACAAAAUUCCGCCAACCGUUUUUAGAUCAAUUCUUAAGUUUUCGAAAGAGGAGAGGAAAGAAUUGCUUCGUGAACAUGAAAAAGAGUUAACUUCCGAAGUUGAAGCUGAUGCGAUGAUUGCUCUUCCGUUCACCAUAGUUGCUGACCUUGAUUGGUUUACUAUUCCUACUAUGAUUCUAGUAGCUUUUAUUUUCUAUGGUAUUUUGGCUGUCGGUUCCGAAAUUGAGAACCCGUUUGGAUACGAUGAGAACGAUCUUCCAUUGGACGAAUACUGUAAGGAUUUGGAAGCAGAAGUUAAAUAUUUGCAACUACACCUUCCAAGUGAUUUAAAAUACAAGUAG